AUGAGUCUACCCAGCUCAAUUGGAGCCUCGAGCCUAGCCUUUAAUUCACAUGACAUGUACACAAAAACACAAUGGAAAACACAUAAAACAAAUUUGCCUCCAACAGACCUGGAUGAGAAAGUUUCAGGAAAAGAGGUGAAGACACAGCAGGGGCGGCAGGUGACGGUGUUGAGAGAAUAUCAGCCCCAACCAUCUUCAUCAGGUGAACAGCGUGUGCUGGCAGCUCGUCAUCUAUGCCCCAAGUGCCCAAAAACCUUUGGCUCAUUUGGCAAGCUUAGUCAGCACAUCAUGUAUUCAUUUGCUUGUCAAUUUUGUCCCAAAGCCUUCUCAUCAAAAGUUAAGCUUGUUCGCCAUAUGCUUAUCCAUUCUGACCUACGCCAGUACACUUGCCAAAUAUGCGAACGCACAUUCCACCGAAAGGACCACCUCAAGAGCCAUGCUAAGGUACACGACCCUAUGAAAAGCAUCUACACAUGCAAUCGACCUGGUUGUGGUAAGCAAUAUUCAUCAUUGUUGUACCUCAGGAAACAUACUGCCCUACAUGCUGCAGAAAAUGCAAACCUUGAAUGCACCAUUUGUGGCCAAAAGUUCGCCAGCAAGGAGGAAAUAGUGUUCCAUGCGAAGGUUCAUGCUGGGUCGCGCACAGUCAAGACAGCCGAAGAUUGUAAAUAUCACUGCGAUCACUGCGAUCAAUCAUUUUUCACCGGUAAAGAUGCUGCUGUCAGGCGACACAUGGUAGUUCACACAGGCAAAAGGGACUUUCUUUGUCAAUUUUGUCCUCAUCUCAGAACGGUAGAUGCGCAUCAGUUUGAUCAACCCGCUGCUUCAUCAUCGUCAUCCCCCUCCUAUUCUGCCAUGUUAGACUCAUUCGGUCUGGAGCUGAAGCCCGGAGAUUUAGAGGAUUUAAAAGAUUUGAAGCCUGAAGACAUCGCUCCGAUGCCACUCGACAGUUUUUGGCGAAUGAUGAGACCAGCCACCACUCUAGUUGGUAUAUCAUCAGCCUGA